CUCAUUUGUCUGUCCCCUUCUUGUCUUCCCCCUCUGCUUUCAGGACAUGGAGGCAAAAAGAAAAACCCUUGAGGUCUUGAAGGAUAAAUCUCAGAAGAAUUUUCUGCAGAGUCACCUGAUCCAGAAGGAGGAGUUAAAGGCAGAGAGAGAGUUGAGAUGUGCAAUGCAAGACAAGUGUCAGCAGAGGCUGGAGGUGAGCAUCGAGAAGCUGCUUGAGGCCAAAGACAAGGCAGAGCAGAAACUGAAAGAGGUCAGCCUGGAGUCACAGCAAAUAUCAGCGAACCUAGAGGAAGCUCACAGUUGGUUCCACUUCAAGUUCAACAACCUGAAGGAAGAUGCAGAGCCAAACAGAUAUAAUGGGAACAAGGAACCGCAAGAGACUGAACACCAUGCCCCAGGGACCGGUGAAGAGACUGAACACCAUGCCCCAGGGACCAGUGAAGAGACUGAACACCAUUGCCAUCACAAUGGAAAGGUUUGGUGUGAUAUCAAGUCGCAGGAACCAGAAGAGUUGGAGAGAUGGGCAGCCACCAUACAACGAUGGGAGACCAAGAGGGAGCAGGCUCUCAUUGCACGUGGAUACAACCCUGCUUCUUUGCUCUGCAGGACCGGCCAAAGACAAUCAGAGUUCAUGAACAGAGAGUAUGUGCUGCCGACAUAUCAAGGAGGGCACUUGAGUUGACGUAAUCCAAUUGAAGUUAUCCACAGGACAGAUGAAGUUGUUCAACAGGUCCAUGAAUCAGUCUAAAGA